AGCGCGCGACAGACUGGUUUGAACUGUUAAGGCGCGGAUUAGCAGCUGAAUUAUAUAAGUUAGGUUAUGUAGAACUGACAUCAUCAUCAUAAUUAUUAUAAAUCUAUGUAAACCGGGCUGGUAGUGUUGAGAUCUGGCUGUGGGAGUUUACACCGCGCUGCUGGAAUGACUCAGUCGGUGGUUGUUCAGGUUGGACAGUGUGGUAACCAGGUGGGCUGCAGGUUUUGGGACCUGGCGCUGAGAGAGCAUGCGCAUGUCAACAAGAAAGGAAUCUAUGACGAGGCGCUUAGCAGCUUCUUUCAAAACGUAGAUCCAAGGAGGAGUGAUGGAGCAGGUGGGGGAGCUUCGGGCAGCAGGAUCUCUGGGCUGAGGGCUCGGGCAGUGUUGGUGGACAUGGAAGAAGGUGUUCUCAGCGAGGUCCUGCAGGGCCCUCUGCGACAGCUGUUCAGCACAACUCAGCUUAUCAGUGAUGUAUCAGGCUCUGGAAACAACUGGGCGGUGGGCCACCACUCCUAUGGCAGUGUGUAUCGUGAGCAGAUCGUGGAUCAGGUGCGCAGAGCAGCAGAACAAUGCGACUGCCUCCAGUGUUUCUUCAUCAUACACUCCAUGGGUGGUGGAACCGGUUCAGGUUUGGGGACGCGUGUAUUAAAGCUGCUGGAGGACGAAUUCCCAGAGGUCUGCAGACUCGUCACCGCUGUCUAUCCAUCUGCUGAAGAUGAUGUCAUCACUUCCCCCUACAACAGUGUUCUAGCCAUGAGGGAGCUAACAGAACAUGCAGACUGUGUUCUACCUAUAGAGAACCAGUCUCUGGUGGAUAUUGUAAGUAAAAUCCAGCACAUGGCCCACACUGGAAAACCAGGAAGUGUGAUAAAGAAAGACAGUACCAUCAUCUCUGGGCAGGGAGGAGUGGCCAAGACUGAGAAACCCUUCGAUGCCAUGAACAACAUUGUGGCAAACCUUCUGCUCAACAUUACCAGCUCUGCGCGUUUUGAAGGUUCUCUUAACAUGGACCUGAAUGAGAUUGCGAUGAACCUCGUCCCAUUUCCUCGCUUACAUUACCUGGUGUCCAGCCUCACUCCUCUGUACACACUGGCAGACGUUAAUAUUCCCACUCGCAGGCUGGACCAGAUGUUUACUGAUGCGUUUAGUAAAGAUCACCAGCUCAUGAGAGCGGACCCUAAACACAACUUGUAUCUGGCCUGUGCUCUAAUGCUGAGGGGCAACGUCCAGCUUUCUGACCUCCGGAGGAACAUUGAAAGACUAAGGCCGACUCUGUCGUUCGUUCAGUGGAACACUGAAGGAUGGAAGACGGGUCUGUGCUCAGUUCCUCCGGUUGGUCACACACACUCUCUGUUGGCUCUGUCUAACAACACCUGCGUGAAGCCUUCCUUUAUGGAGCUCAGAGAGCGCUUCGUCAGGCUCUACCGCAAAAAGGCUCACCUGCAUCACUACCUGGGUGUGGAUGGGAUGGAUGUGUCUGGUUUCAGUGAGGCUCUGAGUUCUCUCACAGGUCUCAUAGACCAAUACAGCCAGCUGGACUCCACCAAUACAGCUCCCUCCCAGGACCCCCCCAGACUGAACAUCGCCUGCUAAAGCCCAGAUCAAAAAUAUCCCACCAGCUCUGGCUCUGAAAUACUGGAAGCAGAAGUGCUUUUGAUACAAUAAUUAAAUCAAAAACUUGCCAAUUUUCCUUCUAAUCCAAUAUGUGUUUAAACAGUCAAAACAAAGCUACAGUAAUUUACUUCUAGCUGUUGCUACUGUGAUUAGCAUUUAUAGACGACAAACAGUGAGCCAUACGGCUCUAUUAUGUGUUAGCUCUCUACACUGAAGUGUAGCUUCAGUCCUAACUGGUGAGGUUUGGGUUUCCAUAACUUAUUAUUUACAUUAUCUGUGUAGCUUCCACGCUAAAUUAUGAGAUAUGGGUUUCCAUUACUUGUUAUUUACAUUAGCCACAUAUCACCAUGUGUGUUUUUGCUGAUGGAGUACAUUUGGAUUAAGAGGAAAAUUCACAAUUUAAGAAUGGCGUCUUUAUUACAUGCUGUGCAUGUGAAUUAGUAACGUGUGCAAGUUAGUAAAUAAAUAAAUAACCGGUGUAUUGGUAAAUCAA